GUCGGCAGUCGCGACAGCGCGUCACUACGGCUAAGCGCGUCUCGGUUUGCCGCGUACACCGCGCACAAAUAAAAUGGCCCGAAACCUAACCCUAUCCAGUGAAAAAAUGGAGUUAUUGAUUGAGGAAGUCAAAAGACGUCCCUGCCUUUGGGAUCGGACGCAUGAAGACUACAAGAUACGCGCUUGGACGAAGAAGAAGUGGCUUGAAGUGUUGGACGCUAUGCAACUGCCUCACACGUUAGACAAACUAAUUCAAGUGAAAUGGAAAAACCUGAAAGAUGUUUAUGUGAAAAAAUCUAGACCAAAUAUUGCAAAAAACCAGCGAGAAUCGUGGCGCUACUACAACUGUUUGAGGUUCUUAGAUAAUCCUGCGGUUUCGAAGAUUAGCGAAAGCAAUAGCGGAGAGGACAGUCAGACGGAAGAGACUGAAGUGGAACAGCGUCACGAAGAAUCAAGUUCUGAUGACGACGAAGAGAACAAACACAACCACAACGAACAUUAUCCUUCAAAACGCAACACUGUGACGUACUAUAACGAAACGGACAGCGAAUACGACAUGAUGUUCUUAAGGUCUCUGGCUCCGUAUUUUAGGGAGUUGGAGCCGGUGAGGAAGCUGGUCGUCAGGUGCAAGAUACAGGAUGUGCUGUUAAAAGAGAUAGCAGGGCAGAGGGGGGCCACGCAGACGAUGUAUGCAGACCAGAGUGAAGAUAGUACGAUGAUCAAAGCGGAACCGCCUAUAUAAUACAUUCCCUAUCUAGUAUUUUUUUUUUAUUGCCCUUGUAGGCAGACGAGCAUACGGCUGAUGGUGAGUGGUCACCGUCGCCCAUGGACGUCAGCAAUGCCAGG